GUUAUUUUAUACUGCUUUUUUGCAUAUACACCAUGCUUCUUGCGCAAAAAAAUGCUGAGCCUCACCCGGAUAAAGAUAAUGUCGCUCUUCUAGAUACUUAUGAUCCUGAAGAGAUUUUAAAUAAAUAUAUAGUUCGGAUUGCAGGAAAGGGCUUUACAGUAGUCGAUCAUCCAUCCGAAGUUUAUGGGUUUCCUGAUGCUCACGAGUGCAUUGAUGGGAAUUUGCCUCUCUGUCUGGUUCUGGAUAUUGAUGCGAGGCAAAAGCCCGAUCCCAUGAAUCCUAAAUUUCCUUCCUUAGAUGAGAGUAAAAUUUCUCGUGAAGAUUUAUUAUCCAAAAUCUUAAUUGCCUGUGUCGAUAUUAUAAAUACUGAUUUAAAGCAUUUUGCAAUAUUAGAUGCUUUUACUUUAGCCAGCUCGUCUAAUGCUAAUAAAUGCAGUUGGCAUAUUGUAUAUAAAUAUGCACGGUUUAUUGACUACAGAGAUCUUAAGGGUUUUGUGGAAAAAGUCGCUGAUAAGGAAGAUAGAGUUAAAAGACCUGCGAUUUCUUCAGUUAAGAAAGGAUAUCACAAGCUAGAAGAUUAUUUAGUUCAGCCUAAGUGGAACGCUUCUGAAAUCUGGCCACAGACCUUUUCUCCUGAGAAAGAAGAGAAGAAAUUUCAGCCCAUCAAAGAUGAAACCGCCUUAAGUAACGGAGCUAGCUUAGUUAUCGCAAAAUAUGGAUGGCUUGAGAUCGGAAAAAUUGGGAAUGGAUUUGUCCACUUUCAAGCCCAAUUAUAUGAAGCAUGUCCUAUUUGUGAAAUCAAGCACGAAAAGGAUCAGUUAUAUGGCUUUCUUCGAAGUAAUAGCUGUUUUGUACUCAAAUGCUAUCGGCAGAAAAAUUAUAAACCAGAUAAUAAAGGAUUAGCAUUUGGAAAAGUGAUCGAAAUUUCUGCAAAACCUAAGCGAGGAAUAGUCGAAAGAAUAGGUGAUGCUAUAUCAAAUCCACGCCAAAUUGUAGAAUUAUCAAAGACAAUGAUUAAUGUAGAAAAAUUAAAGGAUGCUCCAGAAGUAUAUCCCGAUUUCUUGGGUAUUAAGAAAAUGACAACACUUAUUAGUUCUCCUCCGGGAACAUGGAAAACCACUACAUUAAGAGAGAUUAUUAUGGCAUUGAAAAAUAAGGUACAUGAUCUCUCUUCUUUGCCAUGUUAUAUCUGGGUUUCUUACCAAAAGUCUCUUAGUAAUGAAUCAAAAACGAAACUUGUUGAGCUAAAAGCAUCUGGUUUUCGAAUUUGCAAUUAUCAAAAUAUACAAGGAGACUUAUCUAUAAAUGAGUGGGAUAUUAUCAUAGUACAGGUUGAGAGUCUUUUCCGUAUCGAGUUUACAGCCCGUCCAUUUGUAGCUAUUCUUGAUGAAGCUAAUGCCAUUAUGCGUCAAAUGUCUAGCGGUACAAAUGCACGAGAAUCUGAGAAUGCAAUACGUGAUGUACUAAGAUCUGUGAGACAUGUUUUGGCCAUGGAUGCUUUUGCAAAUAAAUCAACACUAACCUUGCUCCAGACUUAUCGUGGUGAAAAUAUUUGCAUAGUUGAUAAUAAGUAUCAGCCUCGUAUAGGCGAGACAGUUGAAUUUAUUUAUGAUCUGAAUAGCGGAGCUGAAGCCAUGCGAAUAGGAUAUGAUCUUUUGAGGCAGGGCAAACGUGUAGCAUUCGUAUCUACUGGAGCAGUGAUGGCUAGAGCGCUAGUAGAAAAAGCAUCUAAGUUGUUUAAACCCGACAAUUCUCCUGUUAAAGCCCGUGCAUAUUAUGGGAAUAUGGAUGGGAAGCAGAGACAAAAAGACUUCUCUAAUAUUGAUGUUGCUUGGGGUGAGCUUGACUGUGUAGCUUACACAAAUACAGUGGAGGCAGGAAUAUCAUUUGAGGUUACGGGCUAUUUUGAUAUAGUUAUAGCUAUUACAAACAUCGCCACUCCAGUUCAUGUUGAGGCUCUUGCGCAAAUGCUUUAUCGAAUUUGUGACUGUCCUCGUCGUAUUGUUUCUGUGUUUUAUCAAAAAAUUCUAAUGAACUUUUUCGUCCACCGGGGUCACUGUGAAUGGGAUAUCAACGCCAUUUCUUAUAAAAUCGAUGAAUCUUCUGCUGUAAUAACAUUUGUCGAAGUUGAGCAUCAGAAAUGGCUUUUUGCGAGAUAUUUUAUUGAGAAGCUUUGUAGUUUUAUAGCCAGUACUGGUGCUUCUCUCCAACUAAUAAAAAUGGAUGAGAGUCGAGGAGUUAUAGGGAAUCGUAAAAAAGUCCGCAAUGAGGUUAGGGUUGAAGCACUAGUUAUCAAGGAAACAGAUUUUGAUGCAGUUGCUACUUCCCGAAAUCUAGAUCCUGAAGAAGCUGAAAAUCUUAAAUUUGACCAAGAACGCUCUAUCCCAGAUACUAUGGCACUUAAACGUUUCUAUAUGCGAAAUAUUUAUGGUAAAGAUAUAGACAAUGAGAUUUGGGAUAAUCUUUGCAAUAAAAAGUUUGUAAAACAUUUCAGUCCGCCAGAACCUAAAAAACAUUUCUUGAAGUUAUAUCACUUUAGAAAGCAAGGCUAUGAUGAGGAAAGUGCAAUGAAAGGGUUAGAGGACAAAGAUAUUGCGCAAUGGGAAGAUAGCCAUUAUAAAGCUGGUUAUAAUUCUGAGAAAUCAGUAGCAGAGGACUUGCACAAAUCAUAUUCAGCUAAUCAUUGGAAAGUUAUAAGGGAACUCUUUCAAAUACUAGGUUUUACCAGCAUAGAUGAUAAGCGUAUUCUUUCCAGUAAUAUAAUAUCAGAAACAUUUACACAAUCCUGCGAGAAGUUUAUAAAAGUCCUGGAUCAAUCCCUAUUACUCUUCAGAUUUAAGUCUCGUGCUAAGGUAACAUCGGAUCUUAAUUCAGCUAUAAGGGCAAUUAAUGCAAUUGCUGGAAAUUGGUGUGGCUAUACUGUAAAGAUAAAUAGGAAAAAAAUAGGGCCUAAAGAAAAACAGGUUUGGGAAUGUUCAUAUCAAAUUAAUCGGCAACCAUAUGAUGGUCUUGGUUUUGGAGAUAAAGGUACGCCAGAGCUUCCACCAUAUAGGCCGAAAACAGAUAAUGAUAUUCAGGAACUCUUUGAUUCUAUAGGGCAGGACAAAUAA